AUGUCUAACCUGAGGAGGGUGUUGGAGAGGCAAGAGCAAGAAGAGGAAGAAAUCAGACGCAGAUGUGCUGAAGAAGAUCGUGAGGCUGAUGAAGAGGAGGAAGAAAUGGUUGUAGCGGUGUGUAUGCUCAAUGAAUCAAGGCAACACCACCGUCGUCGUGCCCCGAAUGUGGACCGACAUAGACAGUAUUGGGGUAAGAAUCUCUUGGAAGAUUACUUUAUCCCAAAUUCGUUAUAUCAUGUUUCUUAUUUUCGAGAGAGAUAUAGAAUGCAGCCUCAUUUGUUCCAAAAAAUCAUGCAUGAUAUUUGUAAUUACGACACAUACUUCGUUCAAAAGUAUGAUGUUGUUGGGGUUUUAGGUCUUCUUCCUGAUCAAAAACUUACAACUGCUUUACGGAUGCUUGCUUAUGGGGCAUCUGCAGAGCAGGUGGAUGAGAUUGCGCGGAUGGGAAAAUCAACUAUCCUAGAGUGCUUGAUGAGAUUUUGUGAUGCAGUAGAAAAUCUCUACAAGAAGGAGUACCUUCGCAAACCUAUGGCUAAGGACCUCCGAAGGCUUGUACAAAAAGCUGAGGCUCGAGGUUUCCCAGGAAUGAUUGGAAGUAUCGAUUGCAUGCACUGUCAGUGGAAGAAUUGCCCAACUGCUUGGCAAGGAGAUUAUGAGAAUCGAAAGGGCCAAAAAAGUAUAAUUCUGGAGGCCGUAGCUUCAUUCGACACUUGGGUUUGGCAUGCCUUCUUCGAAGCUGCCGGAUCUCAGAAUGACCUCAAUGUGCUUGGUCAAUCUCCGGUGUUCAAUGAUGUAUUGCGAGGUCAUUCCCCCCAGAUCACGUACCGAAUCAACAAUACCAUAUACUCGAGUGCGUACUACCUCGCCGACGGAAUUUAUCCUAGGUGGACAACAUUCGUGAAAAUAAUUCCUAAUCCUCAAUCCGAGAAGGAAAAAAGCUUUGCUGUCUUUCAAGAAUGUUAUAGGAAAGACGUGGAAAAGUAUUUCGGUAUCUUGCAAGCUCGUUAG